UUACCCAUAACCCCCAAAGACCUUUCCUGGAUAUCCUGCCUGGAGGAGAUAGCGGUGGAUCUGGGAAGGUCUUGUCAAAACAGGCAUAUAAAUUCCAAAAUUUAUGUUAAUUUAUCUCCAGUCUACCGCCAGUUGGUAAAUUCCCCCGAUAAUAUAUCCAUCGCUACAACAAUACCAUGAUCCGAUUCAUCCUCAUCCAGAAUCGCGCAGGGAAAACGCGGCUGGCCAAAUGGUACAUGCAGUUCGACGAUGACGAGAAGCAGAAGCUGAUCGAGGAGGUGCACGCCGUGGUGACCGUCCGCGACGCCAAGCACACCAACUUCGUGGAGUUCAGAAAUUUUAAGAUCAUCUACAGGCGUUAUGCUGGUCUGUACUUCUGCAUCUGUGUGGAUGUCACUGACAACAACCUGGCCUACCUAGAGGGCAUUCACAACUUUGUGGAGGUUUUGAAUGAGUAUUUCCACAAUGUGUGUGAGUUAGACCUGGUGUUCAACUUCUACAAGGUGUACACAGUGGUGGACGAGAUGUUCCUGGCAGGAGAGAUCCGGGAGACGAGCCAGACCAAGGUGCUCAAACAGCUCCUCAUGCUGCAGUCACUGGAGUAGUCGCUCGGCCUGGAGAGCCCGGCCCCAUCAUCAAACCCCACCCUCUUGAUUUCAAACUAACCCCUCCCCCCUCCCCAGGAAGCCCCUCCUCUCAUUGGCCACACCAUGGAGCAGGCUCCACCCCGUUGAAAGUAUUUGAAUGACCCCACCCCUUUUACAGGAUACUCUACCCUCGCUGUCAUAAAAGCUUCAGCCAGAAGUAGGCGUGGCCAGUCACUUUACUAUGAUGUAAAAUAGCAGCACACGUGGACUGGAUCGUUCCCUUCCCUUACCAAUACUACUACUGCUGAUGAGCAGCCAAAAACACUUUUCAAAUGUGAGCCUACAAGCAUUUGGUCACACUACUGUGUUUGCAUACGGUGACAUGUAGUCCAUAGUGCUGACUGUUGCAGGGAUCAGAACUUUGAUUAUCACCCUUAGUGUAAGAUUGACAUAGUUAAUCCCCAUAAUUGCGUACAUGGCAGUGAGCCUGGACCAAAUGCAGCACAAGUGUUGGCAAAAGAUUCCAUCCCUAUAUGAAAGACGUCAGCUGACAAUGAUAAAAUUGGCGUAAAUCAUCGUAAUAAUGUAUUUAACAAAGCCACAAAUUGGAUUCUGAGUGGCUUUGUUGUGUCAAAUGGAAAGCACAGUUUGGUCAGAAUCACAAGUCUUACGUUUGUUGAACGAACAAAAAUGCCUACCUGGCUUGGCCAAUGUUAAGGAAGUGGUGCCCUUAGGGGUGUAAGUUCACACCAUGUCCAUUCUAUUGCAUUCCAAAUGUAGGAGGAUUUAAAAAUGAUUUUAAGUUGACCUUUUCCAUGUCUCAGCUGCUGCUUGUCAGACCUCCCCCCAAAAAUGUCCUCAUUUUAAGGAAAAGACAAGCCAACAGCAACCACCACUAAACACAAACUAGUUCAAAGAUGUUCUCCUUUUUUUCUUAUAACAGUAUUGUGAAGUUCAGUUUGUAUUGUGAACUUAUAUUUGUAUUUGCUAUUGUAUGGACAGUGCACUCAGUUCUAGCCUAUAAAGCAGACUCACCCUCACCCUCACCGGAGUCUCCGUCUAUGAGGAGACACAGGACAUGUGGCCCUAUUUAAUAAUCAAAUGCGCUGCGGAUAAUUCUCUGUGAGUUGGUAUGUUAAGUUAUCUGCAUUAUCCAGAAUGAUGUCUUUCCAUGGUAGUUUGAUUGCAUUAAUUAUGACAUCAGUCAUUUAUAGACUGAUAUCUUUGUAUUCUGGGUAUUUCAUGGGUGAGGCUUCAUGAACCCUAAAAUGGAUGAAGCCAUGAUGGUGGUGUCAGCAGCUCCCUCACUUGAACAACUUCUGGUGUUUUUUGCUAUGGAAAAUGUUUGAUUGAUUUUAUUCAUAGUGAUUGGCAGCACAUGAUGGCUCCAUCCGUUAUGCGGGCCUUUACUCUCU